AUGGCUGUAGCAGAACUAGUCCCGGCAUGUCGCGCGUUGCUUGAGUUGUUUGUGGACAAGUCCUCAGCAGCCACCUCCCCUCAUGCCCCCGCGGUUCCCCCCUCCGUUUCUACAACCCCGGUCCCCGCGGCACCGGUUCCCCUGCUCCCCCGAGUCCCGGCCGCAGCGCCUCCAACCCACGUGGUCCCGGGACCCGCUCCCCCAGUCCAUCCAUCUUCCCCGGACCCCGCAGCCUCUCCCGCUGCUCCCGCCGCCCCGGCGGGCACCAUCCCCCACGCCCCCGGGGCCCCUCCCCCCGCGGUUUCUGCAGCCCCGGGCCCCGCACCGCCGGUCUCCCUGCUUCCCCAAACUCCUGCCGCCACGCUUCUGACCCACGUUGCUCCUGCCCCUCCUCCCCCUGUCUCCGCUCCCGUAUCCCCAAACUCCGUCCCCGUAAACCCACCCGCCGCGUCCGCACCCAAUCUUGCUAAUCUCCCUCCCGUCCCGGUAACUACGACCGUUCCUGUCUCUCAUGCUUCCUCAGUAACCCCAAAUCCCGCCCCUCCGCUCGCAAUCUGCACUUUCCCCACCCCCGGUCCUGGCCCGUCCCCGUCCCUUGCCCCCGCCCCCGCUCUCCCCGCCCCCGCUAUCUCCGCCCCCGCGCCCGUCACUGCCGUGGCCCCGCCCCUUGGCUCCGCCCCUGCACGCCCACCCGCCAACGUCAUCGCCUCCGCCCCGCCCCUCGCUUAUGGCGUCACGCCGACCCCGCCCCCCUCCCUCGCUCCCGCGAGUCCCUCAGCCCCUCCCCCGAUACCCGGCGCCGCCGCCAUGACGCCCGUGGCCGCGGCUCCCUUUGUUCCCACCCCGUUGCAGACACGCCAGUCUGCAAAUGCCAUAGUGCCUGCAGUUACGGCAUCGGUGCAGUCCAGCGUCCUGACGGACCGGGCUGCGCCGCUCGGCUCCACACCGGCACUGCCGGCAGCAGCACAGAUGCUCCCCGUUCCCAACCCGGGAGCCGCCUGGCGCGGAGCGAGCCCGCCGUCGGAGCUGGCCCGCGCCGAUGCACCGCUGCCUGCGCGCAGCUCCACGGAUGCGCAGAGCACAACGUCAGCGCUGACCACCGUCCCGGAGUGCCGAGACGUGCCUGUCGGUCCCACGCCAGCGCUGCAGGCUCCGGCCAGCCCAAUCCUCGGGCAGGCGGUGGGGGACGCUCAGCCUGGAGCUCCCCCACCUCCUGUGCCGCCUCGAGCCACUGCGUUCCUGCCUCAGUUCUGUCCGGUGACCAUCGCAGCUCACCCCCUGAACUCCCGGUGCUCGGCAGCGCCCCACCCCCAGUCGGCAGCGUUCACCGACAAGCCGCCGCCCACCCAACCCCCCGUCCGAGACACAGCCGCAGCCGCGCCACCGCUCAGCUGCUCUUCUGUGUCAGCAGUGCAAACUACGUUCCCUAUGCACCUCCCCGCCUGCGCCCCGCCUCCGCCUCCUGCCCUGGUCCCGCCGCACACGGCUCCGCCGCCUGCGACCCGCAUGGCACCACCGGCCGCCACCAUGCAGCCAAGUCCGCCGGUGGGAGCCCUGACACAGCAUCCUGCCCCAGUUCAACCGCAGCCGCCCGUUGCAGCCCCAAUCCUGCCUCCCGUUUUAGUCCCAUUGAAUGCAACUCCGCAGCCCGUGCCCACCAGUGCUACUCAGUCCUUCCCAGCCCCUCCUGAUCCACAGCACCCCACCGGAGCCGUCAGCAAGCAGCCCGCCACAAUCACAGACGCCAUGCCUGUCCACAUAACACUGGACACAAACACCCCCCAUGCCCACAACUCGCCAGCGCCUCCUGCAUCUGCGCUGUCCCCGUCUCUCCUAUGGCCCAAAGCGUCCCUUCAGCAGUACCCCUCUGCAGCCCGCUGUCCAAUACUCUAUAUGCCUACCGCACCACAGCCAGAUCCACCGCCGGACUUACCCAGUUCAGCCCUGUUAUCGCAACCUGGCACACAUAUUAUGCAAAACAGAGGGGGAAUUGACGGCAUUGCACCCCCCGGUUUUGGUUAA